UAAACACAUACUCAUUUCAGUCGAGACUAUGUUUGACUCCUUAUUCUGUGGUACGUGUGCUAGAAUUUUUCGUUUAUGCGCAAUUACUCAAUUUAUACAACAUAAAUCAGAAGGUUGUUCCAGACUAAGUUUUGGCAAUCCGCUAUUUUUGGAAUGUUCUCACUGUGAUGAAUGUUAUAUCUCACCAUUAGAUCUUAUUGCACAUGUUGAAUGUGCACAUAGAAUAUCCAUAAUGAAACAUAGAUCGUCAAGCAUGGUUAACGACAGUAACGGCUUCCUACAGGAAGUAAUGUCAGUUUCAGACACAACAAGCUCAUCCUUUAUCGUCACUGAAGAUAAAAGUAGCCAUAACUCAAUUAAUUCAAACGAUGGGAAGUUGGCACCCUGUCAAUCGGUGAGUCAGGUGCCAUCAGUAUUAAGUUCUUGCUCAACAAACUACAGUUCAGUGGGUCCUAGCAGCUCUAUUCCUUCGGUUGUUCGCAAAACAUGCUGUCUUGUGGAUGGAAGUUCUCCCUGUACUCAAAUGUCUUCAUGUCCAAUUUUGUUUUCUCGUGAUUCCGAUGGUGAAGCAGAAUCCGAAUUCAGAGAUAAUUCUUUGAAGGUCUCGAAUACUUCAAACCCAGAUACGACGUCACUGUGUAACGAAGUAACUUACUGUACACAAACACCCCUUGCUUGUGCUGAACGGAAGUCACGAUCGAAUUUCAUCUGUGAAUACUGCAAAAGAGAGUUCUCACAAAAAGUACAUUUACAAAAACAUAUAAUGUCGACUCAUACUAAAAACAAACCAUUUAAAUGCUCAGUCUGUUCUUACCAAACUGUUGAAAAAAGUCAUUUAAAAACUCAUUUCCGGAAGCAUACGGGAGAAAAACCAUUUUCCUGUACUCUAUGCACCUACAAAGCAGCUCAGCAUUCUACACUAAAACAGCAUUGUAUUAAAAAACAUCGUAAUGCAUUUCUUUCCUGCAGAAGCUGCAGCGUUCGUUUUGUGACACUAAACGAACUUGAAAAUCAUCAAAAAUUAUGUUUUCCUUAGUUCUAUUCAUUGUCAUUAAUAUUUGAUUGUAUGUUGUUGUUUUGAAUUUUUUGUGUUAAAAUAUGUUUUAUAAUCAGCCCAUAAUACACAUUAAAUAACUACAGCUUUAAUAUGAAAUAAAAUACCUUUUCCUGAUUCAGUUCUUUGGUCUGUUCUCUAAGCUUUUCUAUAAGAUUCAUGGAUUCAUUUAGCUUUUUAUCCUUGAUUUUUAUAUUUAUAUUUAAUUAGGACUUACCACCUUCUUGCUGCUUUUGGAGUUCUCAAUAUUUUUAAGAUCAAUUAUCUCUUUUAAACUUUCAACUUCAUCUUGCUUCUGUUUUAUUUCAUCAACUUGCUGAUUCAAUCUUUCUUUCAAAGACAACAGUUCAUCUGUAAUACUUUCAUUUUGCUUCUGUAGCUCGAUUUUGUCAUUUUCCAGUCUUUGAUUUUGUUCUUGAAUAAGCUUUUCCCUUAACUUUUGCUGUCCAAUUUCUUGUCGUGAGUAUUCUAAUUGUAUCGUCACAUCAUUUAUAUUAUUAGUAAGCUGGAUUUGCUUCAAAAUACUUUUCUCCUUUUCUUGAUUAAGAUUAACCAACUGCCGUUUCAGUUCCUCAUGGUGCUCCUCUUUUUCCUAAGUGUAUACGAAACUGAAUGUAGUAUAAAAUGUUUCCCGGUGUAAAUGCUUACUAGUGUUCAUCGCAUAUUUAAAACGAUCUUAAGUAGCUUUCUUAUGUCUCUGUUGCUAUCAUCCCUAAGAUUCUACUUGUUGUGUAG